CUCUUAUUGUUUAGAUUACAAUGAAAUAACUUAUUUAAUUAUUUACUUCCAGAAAUGAUCGUCUCCUCUUAGUGUUCGACUGCAAAUCGUUUAAUAAUAACCCAACCGACUAUGAUUUAUGUAAUCGACCGCCUCUUUUAUCACCUAUAAGCCACUUCCGAAAACCUUGGGUCUCACGGAAAUAUUAGGAAGCGGAAAAGCGAAAACCUCUACUUGUUUAUACUGGCUUGUGACAAGGAUAUUAGACUUCUUCGUGCAUCGUUUUAGAAUAGCAUCAGAACAAUGUUGUUACUAUGUCAACAUUAUAGUCAUAAAUUUAAAUGUUGAGGUCAAGCGAUAGCCUGACACUGGAAAAUUCAUUGAACGCUUUUGAAAGCGAAGAGAUACUUCAAGCUUUAGCAGUUGCUGGACUACUGAGUCAAGAGAAGCUUUAUCUGGAGCUUACAAACGAAGCCGUAAAUUUCGCGAGAAAAGAAAAGUUUAGUUUUUCGCAAUUAUGCGCACUCGUUUCGAUAAUUAACAGGGUGUUGAAAGAACUUUCAAAUUCUCCAUACGACGACAUACAGAAUGUCCUAGAUGUAUCGGACAAAAUUAUGAUGAGUUACUCUAUCCAGAGGCCACCCCACUGCAUUGAGUUAUUUUCGAUCGCUGAUUCUUUAAAAUGCGUUGAAUUUCUCGUGGACUCGUUGUUUAGACAUUGGAGACUUUACAAGUUCGCUUUAGCUCCAACAGCACGCCUUUUACCUCAGCUCAUUUACGAUACAAAAGUCUUAAUAUGCUAUUUACAAAUACUUCCUAUAAUCAAGGUUUGGUCGUUUACCCGAAGAUCUGUUAGUUGUGUCCUAUGUAUAAAAAUCCUCGAAUACAGACUAAAGUUUUAUUGAUGAAAUAUCAAAUCCAUACGAAUGUUUUUGAAAUCUAUAAUUGUCUAUUCAACUUUUGUUUGCGAGGUUCUCACUGAACAUUAAACGACAAAAUUUUAACUAGCCAUCAACUUAUAUUUCAUUCAUCACUUAAUUUGUAUCACUGAGCGUCAUUUGGUGUAAGAUAGUAAAACUUUUGUUAACAGAAAUGGAAGAGCCCAAUCCCAGUAAACAUCCUGACAUUCAUCACUGAAACAAAACACUAUUAGGAAAAUAGACUCUUUACUAAGGUUAUAAACUUUAUUAGUUUAUAUCGUUACUGUGCAUAAGCUUUAUACAGCUUACAAAUCGAACCUUAGCCACGGAAUUUGAAACGACUCUAAGCUUCCAAACUAUUUGAAAAUGAAUUUCGCGAUUAUAGACUUAUCCUAUGUGACAUCAGGUUUAUGGAUUUAUUUUGGUCAGAAAUUGUAAGAAUGUUUUCAGAUUGAAGAUGUGGUGACCAAUGCGUUUUAAUAGGCUGACACUAAGACAAUAAACUCGUGAUCUAAAAUAGCCCUUUUAGUAUACAACAUAUUAAAAUGUCUUGUUAUUCAAACUUUCAUUUAAAUUCUCUUCAAUUGUUAAAAACUUUUUGACAGAUUAUGAAUCGGAAAUUGUCGACUUGAAACCAUCAGGAACUGAUUUAUUAUACUCAAUUUUAAAAUAUGCACUCGAAGAUCAAAUUGAAGUCAACAAACAUGAAAAUCAAAUCGGUAAUUGAUUUGUGAUAAAUUGUUCUAAGAGGUAUCCUCUUAAUUCUUACAUGUGAUACGUUACGUAAUCACCAAAGCGAACGCUUGUAGAAAGAACUUACGAAAACACUUACUGUUAAUAAAUGACUACAUACACAUCAGGCCUAAUUCUUCGGAAUCGGUUGAUUAUACUGGUAGAAGUGCCAAACUUACGUAGAAAGUAUGUAUAAAACUAAACUGUUGUAUUUCAUGAAACAAUUUCUAUAACUACUAUGAUUAAGGAGCUAAAACAACGUGUAUGCACUACUUUAAACGAAAAUGAUUUGCUUUGCUCCUAAAAGCCGGUCAAAAUCAUCUGGUGAAAUAGUUUAGUAUACUUUAUGACAUCAGUUACUACUACUUGAUUAACACACUAAAUACAGUUUAACAAAGCAACGACGACUAUAAUAGCUUAGCAAUAAUAAUCCUAACAAUAGUGUCUAGAUG